AUGCCACCACACCGCAUGAGCCUAGGGCAAAUUUUCUAUAGUUUGAUAUUCCACCAGAUUCUGCCGAUAUCUGUAGUGUAUGGUGGACUAUGUAUCAGUAAAUACGGUGGCUGUGGUUUCAUUUUCCCACAACACCCACCACCAUCGAAGCUCGUCGUCGCCAUCAGCGUGGUCGUCAUCACCACUAGUCAUUACCUUUCGCCGCUGUGGACUACUUCCUACUCCACGAUCAUCAAGCUCGUCUAUCUUAAACACAUUUACUGCUAUUCUCAUCAUUACCUUCUGUCGCCAUGCACUUUCCGCUCCACAUACCCCGAGGGAUCAUCGAGCACAUCCAUCUUAAACAUCAAGUGUACCAACAACAUCCUAACAAAGUUAUAUAGUGAACAAGUGUUGAGCAUUGUAACCUUCAAGUUGAUCCGUCAGACUCUGUUUUCAGACCAUAAUACUUGUCUCAUCAUGGCCCAUGCCUCCAAUGCUCAAAGCUCAAAGCUGCAAAUGCAGCAGAUUGAGAACAGAUUAUGCAACAGCCACAAUGUGAAAGCUGCAGCUGUGUAUAUCCAUUCUUGCACUCGCCAUUAUGUGGUGGCUGCAAAAACAGCAACAAUAAUGACUGUGCAUACCCGCAAGGCCAGUCAGCAUCGACUCGGACUAAGCCAACCAUUACAAAACUCUUCACUGUUGAAUGCGAGUGACAUGAAGCGGAAGGUUUCGCUUCUUAAGGCCAAUGCUCGGGCAGCAAAGCAAUAUGCCUAUGGGAGCUCAAAGCCCGCUAAACUCACCAUCCCAUCGUCACAAGUGACCUUCACUACUGUGGACCUAGCCACUAGUGCCUUCGAACAGCUGGCUUUGAAAGCAAGAGGCCUAUACAACAACACCCCAGCUCUUUCAGGGCUUUCUGAUACUGUGCUGGAUGUUAUGUUUGAUUGGCAUAGGAUCAAGUAUUGCACGGUGCUGACCAAUGCUACUGUGAAUAUGAUUGAGGAACAGAAGUAUCUGGCAGCACCGGCAACCAUGGAAACACUUUACGGAAAACUGAGGCAAGACAGGAUGUUGUCUGAUAAAGAUGCAUCAGUGAAAACCCCAAGGAUCACGCUCCGCAUAUUCUUGUAUGUCCCUGAAGAGCAACCAUCUGAGAAGAACUAUAGCCCGAGGAUGAUGAUGUCCAGGAAGUACAAUGAAGUCGCAAGUUCUUGUCGUCAGAAGCGGAAAAGAUCCCUGACAGCAUCACCUGAAUGUCUGCCACCUCCCAAGCACUAUCAGAGUUCAUACCGCUCCAGACAGUCCGCAACUGCACAAAUACUCAAAUAUGAAACCUUUAAGAUGAAGCGGGCAACAUGCACUGUGAGCAAGACCACAGAUAUACAGAUGAACUACAGCAAAGAGCAGGAAGAGAUUAUGAUUGCAAAAGGGUGGCAAGCUCAUGUUAAAGGUGGGAAGCCUUAUCAGGGUUAUCUUGGGCAGGGAUUGACGAAAUUUGUCUUCCAUGGUCGCUAUAACAAUAAGGACAUGCUAUUGUCCAAUAAUUACGGAGUUGAUGAUCUUCCUAGAAUGAAGUGGAAUAUCUUGACUGCAUUCAUUGGAAAGCUUACUGAGAAACUCCCAGAUGCUCCUGGCAAAGAUGAACCUGAUUCACGCAGCCUCAUCUUCAGUGUCUUCAUGGUACUCCCACUUCUGCCAUCUGGUGCCCUGUGUAGAGAGGUUAAAUUUUCUGGGAGCGAAGAAGUAGGCCUCAACCUUGAUUCACUUGGAUGUGCUGUGGAUGCAUAUGCACAUCACAUUGCUGUUGAUUUGAUGUAUGAAGUUGUCAUAUCUGACAUUCAAGUGGUUCUCAAGUCACCAAUAGGAAUCAUCACACCGGAUUGUACUAUCAUUUUAUUUGACCCACAGUCUCACACGGCACAAGGGGACUCUGGCUACUGGGACCAUGGACAAUCUGCAAUCACUGAGUUUUUAAAAUCACACAAAUGCAACAAGCAUUGUAGGGCUCUCGGUCUUGAUACUGAGCUCCCACCUUUAUCCAAUACCAACCGCAAAGGCCUACUUUGUUAUGACUGGGAUAGUUCUUCUGUCAAUGGUAACAAGAGGUGGCGCAGUCAUGUCAGGAAAGGUAACAAAGAUAGGGAAAUAGUACAACCUAUCAAGAUAGCAAAGAUAGCUGAAACAAUCAUGCUGUGCAUGAUAGUAGUCAAGAUACAAUCAAGAAGAAAAGAAGUGCGGACAGCCCGCUUGAAAAGAGAAUAG